AUGCAAGUCACCUUCGCCCUGUCAAAUUUGACGGGACGAGCAAAGACUUGGGCCUUAGGGGUCAAGCUUCACGAACCAAACGUGUUUGAGUCGUUAGAUGUCUUCAAGUCUCGGCUUAAAGAGACAUUUGAGCCGCCGAGAGUCGAGUCCAGAGCACGCUCUGCACUCUUGAGGCUAAAGCAAGGUAAGCGUGACGUGCACGCUUACGCACAACACCUACGCUACCAUGCGAGUAUCGUCACGGAGAACCCUUUUGAUGAGCAUACGCUCAUCAACGUGUUCAUCUACGGCCUUGUAGAUGGACCGGUGAAGAUCUACAUGUUCCGAGAGGACUUCCAUACGCUGGAAAGGGUGAUAGCGUAUGCGGAACAAGAAGAAUUCAGCCUGAGACAGUCUCAGGCUAACUCGUCAAACUAUCGUCCGACGAGACGACGGGAAACAGGAGGUCCCGAACCAAUGGACCUCUGUUACAUCGAGAGUGACAACUCUCGCUAUCUGAGUCACAUGCGAACGGCAAGAUGCCACCGCUGUCAGAAGAUUGGACACUACGCUAAUGAGUGUAGUGUCCCGAGCACUGCGACACGUCCAAAGACAGGACGUGAUGACCGCCGUUGGACAAGGAAGGGUCCAAGGCGUGGGUCUGACCAUGUCGCUAAACCACGACAGCAAGUCGGUCCGCCAAUAAACGGACAGGGUCAGUAG